GGCGGCUGGAGAAGCAGCUUCUUCUCUCGAGUGCGACGGCGGCGGCGCCUGCGGACCUAACUAGCUCCAGGACUUGAAAAUACUGGAAAUCUGUCCGGAUCCAAAUUCUUUUGCAAGCCAGAUGAGUAACCAGACGGCAUGAAAGGUUGAGAACAUUUGACUUCCCUGAAAACCUUGGUAUAGAUCACUUCCUUUUCUGUAGGUUGGCACCAAAGAGCACAAUGAGUACAAGAAAACGUCGUGGUGGAGCAAUAAAUUCUAGACAAACCCAGAAGCGAACUCGGGAAGCAACCUCCACCCCCGAGAUUUCCUUGGAAGCAGAGCCCAUAGAACUCGUGGAAACCGCUGGAGAUGAAAUUGUGGACCUCACCUGUGAAUCUUUAGAGCCCGUGGUUGUUGACUUGACUCACAAUGACUCUGUUGUGAUUGUUGAUGAAAGAAGAAGACCAAGGAGGAAUGCUGGGAGGCUGCCCCAGGACCAUGCUGACAGCUGCGUGGUGAGCAGUGACGAUGAGGAGUUGUCCAGGGACAGAGACGUGUAUGUGACUACCCAUACUCCCAGAAACACCAGGGAUGAGGGCGCUACAGGCCUCAGGCCCUCGGGUACUGUCAGUUGUCCUAUCUGCAUGGAUGGAUACUCUGAGAUUGUGCAGAAUGGACGUCUCAUCGUUUCCACAGAGUGUGGCCAUGUCUUCUGUAGCCAGUGCCUCCGCGAUUCCCUGAAGAAUGCUAAUACUUGCCCAACUUGUAGGAAAAAGAUCAACCACAAACGGUACCACCCCAUUUAUAUAUGAAGUAUUCAGAGUCGCCCAGGAGAGACGGAUGGACAGACAGACAGACAGGUUCUCCAGUGGUAUCUGCCUCCAUUUUCCUGAGCUCAAAAAGACUGUUUCGAAACCAAUGUCUGAUAUGUAAACUGCUCUUUUGUUUCCAACCCCUUCUUUUUGUUAUCUCCAGUUUGAUGCUAUGGCGCUGGACCCAGGGCCCUCCCAGGCCAUCUCUGUUCCUCUGGGGUGGUCCAGUUCUAGAGUGGGAGAAAGGGAGUCAGGCACAUUGGGAAUCGUGGUUCUAGUCUGGUUGCAGAACCUGCACAUUUGCCAAUAAAUUUUCCUUGUUUGGAAAGUUUGCCCCAGCUUUCCCAGGCACACCACCUUUUGUUCCAAGUGUCUGCCGGUCGACCAAUCUGCCUGCCACACAUUGACAAGCCAGACCCAGUUCACCCAGCUCGAAGAUCCCAGGUGCAAGAGUGGCCCCUUGAGGUCCUGGAAAGACCAAUCACUGGACUUCUUCCCUUGAGAGUCAGAGGUCACCCGUGAUUCUGCUUGCACCUUACCAUUGAUCUGCAGUGAUUUCUGCAAAUCAGGAGAAACUGCAGGGCAAUCCCCUGU